GGGAUGGGCGGGGCCUAUUUUUAUCCAGGCGAUAGAGAGAGCCCGAAAUGCGAAUUGCGAUAUUUUUGCGAUGCGGUGGGAUGCGAUCGCAACGCUGACGCGCGGGGGUCACUAUUAAUACUGUGAAUUGAAUCUAUCUCUGUGAAGUGAAACCAAGCGAAGUUCCCGUAGGCUGUAUUCUGUAAUGCCAUUAGUAGCACAUUCUCUCUUUAUUUGUACUUAUCACGGCCUGGCACGCCCGCCCACGUUACAUGCCACAAAGUCACCAAGCUGUGAAGACAAGGUUUUCAAGGUUUUCAGCUUAAACCAAUCUGAAUCGUAUCUGAAUCUGCUCAAGAUCGUGACCUGAUAAAGAUAAAUGAAUUAACUCUCGUAUAUUUAUUUAUUAUAAUCAAUGGUGAGCAUUCUUUGCAGGGCAUGAGCUAAACAACGUUGUUCAGCAUGUCGUUCUUUAAGAACCUGAAAAGCUUGUUCUCCGUCGGCGGUGAGACGAAUGCAUCCAAACGUCGGAGGGCGCUCAGCAAUGUCAAGGUGGAUGCCAACCCGGAGGAAUUCUGGGAGCUACAGGGCGAAGUGGGCGAUGGAGCCUUCGGUAAAGUCUAUAAGGCGGUCCACCGGAUGUCCGGGCUGGUGUCGGCCGCCAAGGUGUGCGAAAUGUCCGAGGACGACGAGCUCGACAACUUCAUGGUGGAGAUCGACAUCCUCACGGAAAUGCAGCACAAGAACGUGGUCCGACUCAUCGACGCCUACCUGAUGAAGAAGCAGCUGUGGAUGCUGCUGGAGUUUUGUGACGGCGGUGCCGUCGACUCCAUCAUGGUCGAGCUGGACCGCGGCCUCAAGGAGCCCCAGAUCGCCUACAUCACACGCGGCAUGGUGGAGGGACUCCAGUACCUGCACCAGCACAAGGUGGUUCACAGGGACAUCAAGGCCGGAAACGUGCUGCUCACUACAGACGGAGGCGUCAAACUCACUGAUUUUGGCGUCUCGGCCAAGAACAAGCACACAAUGCAGAAGCAUACGACUUUCAUCGGCACUCCCUACUGGAUGGCCCCGGAGGUGAUCGUAUGUGAAACGUCGCCAACCGACACGUACGACUACAAGUCGGACAUCUGGUCACUGGGCAUCACCAUGAUCGAGUUUGCGCAAAAGGAGCCUCCGUACAACGAGCUGAACCCGGUGCGGGCCAUGCUGCGGAUACAGAAGCACGAUCCACCGACCCUGGACCGUCCGAGUCAGUGGAGCCGAGAGUUCAACGCCUUCAUCGCCGCCUGCCUGAAAAAGGAGCCCGAGAAACGAGCAGACACCGGCCAGCUUCUCGAGCUACCGUUUAUCAACCGGACCCUGGACAACAAACCGAUCCGAGAGCUGCUGCUCGAGUACAAGGCCGAUGUGGACGAGGGCUUCGAGGACGCCGUCGAAGACCAGGAGAGCAGCCGCGUCUCUCGGAUGAGUGACUCGGACGCUCUGACGGCUCCGUCCGAGGCAGAUGAAGAGAGCAUCGUAAACGGGGAGACCGCCAGCGCGGCACAGGCUGAUGACAAGGCGGCCGGGAAAUCUACACCUCCAGAAGAUCGUCCCAAGUCAGAAUCCACCCCUGUUCCCAACGGCGAGGCCGUGUCCCCGGUGAAAGAGCCAUCUCCCCAGCCCACCUCCCCGUCAGUUACAACCACGCCCAGUAAACUAGCACCGGCGCCGCCUCCUCCGGCCACGCCCACCAAGGAGACCACGCCCCCUCAGACCUCCACACCAGCGGUCAAGCCGGCGUCACCAGCGGAGCCGGCGCCGUCACCAGCCGCUCCCUCACCAGUGGUUCCUGCACCAGUGGUUCCUGCACCAGCGGCGGAGUCUGUCUCGCCAGUGGCUCCAUCACAACCAUCCGAACCUGCCAAACCGACACCUGAUGACCUACCACCCCCACCCCCACCACCUCUCUCUGAUCCGGACGACGGACCUCCCUCGCUCCGGCACGCCGACCAGAGACCCCUGGUGGCCGCCGAGCCGGUGGUGGUACAGACUUUCGGCAGCGAUGGUGGUGGAACGACCAGGGUUAUUCUUGGCGGUGGAGGAGCGGACCCGCCCUCGGCCAUGGGAGAUGGGACUGCCAGAGUGCAGAUUGUUACCACUGGAACAGCAGCCUCGCCGGAGCGCCGCCCGGCACCGCGGCCGCCGUCCGUCCCGCCUGCCGCCGGGGCCGCCGCGCCGCCGCCGGUCCGGCCCGGCGUGCUGGUCCUCAGCACAGGACAGCCGUUCACGGGACCCACCACAGCGCGCGCCGCGGCGCCCGUGCCGCCGCCCAAACCAUCUCCGUCGCGGUCACCCGCCUCGCCGCCUGCGCCGCCGCCGCCGCCGCCUCCAGCCGACACCUCCGAGCCCGCACUGCGUCUGGAUGACAGUGAGGUGGUGAUCGGUGGAGGAAGCAUCGUCUCGGCGCCGCCGCCGGGGCCCGAUCCCGGCUCGCGGUUCCAGCUGACCCUGGAGGAGCGGGCCGAGUCGCCGCCGCUGCCGCCGCCGCCGCCCACACCGCCGCGGGUGUCUGUUGGAGGAACGGCAGUGGAGGAGGGAGCCGCGCAUGUGUCCGUCAUCCAGGUAGAACCCGAGGAAGAGGAGGAGGAUUCAGGCACGGCAAACUCCUUGUCCAUCAUGCUGGAGGGCACGACGGUGGGCAGCUCGGACGUCGAUCAGAUGGGAGAGGAUGACGUCUUCACGCCCGGAAAGGGGGCUGCGCCAGUGCCGUCCAGCACCAGUACCCCGGCCAGUGCGCGCGGCACGGUCUCCCCGCUGGUCGGGAACGGUGGGCCAGCGCCGCCCCCGCCGCCACCGCCACCACCACCCCCGGCUCAGACGGCUCAGAAGGCUCAGACGCCAGAGAGGGCGGCUCAGACGCCGGACAAGGCGGGGACGCCAGAGGAGCAGGACGAUGAGCCGGUGGUGUACAGGAAAAAGCGGCCGGCGCCGCCGCCAUCACAGGACUCUUCCAACUCAUCGAGUGGCGGCAGUCAGUCGCGCUCGUCGACGCUCAGCCGCUCCAAGGAGGAGCUGGAGGCGUCACGGCUGCGCAAGAAGACACGCAACCGCACGCGGCGCUUCGAGAUCGACGGCGUCGUCAUGACGACCACGACCAAGAAAGUGUUCUAUGGUGACGAACCGCUGAUUGACGAGCACGCGCUGCGGAAGGCCGAGCUCAGGGAGCUGAAACUGCUGCAGAAACAGGAGCAGAAACAGAUCAGGGAGAUGCAUGACAAGUCUCAGCUGGCGCUGGACCAGCAGGCGCGCCGGUUCGAGCAGGAGCGACAGCAGCUGCUGCGCCAGCACGACGCCGAGCUGGAGGCGGCGCAGCGGCAGCAUAAGGCUCAGCUGGAGCGCUGUGAGCAACAGCAGGAACAGGAGAAACGCAGCGUCAGCAAGAAACUGCGGGCCGAACAGGAGAAGGAGCUGAAACAGUUCCGCGAAGGCCUCCGUGCCGAGGCGCGUCUCCUCAAGCAGGACGUGGAGCGACUGCCGCGCGCGGAGAGGAAGGAGGCACUCAGAGCUGGCAAGGAGAGACUGGAGGCAGAACACCAGGAGAAGGAGCGUCAGUUCAUCGACCAGCUGAACGAGACUCACGAGGCGGCUCUGCAGCGGCUGGGGGAGCAGCACCGCGCCAGCACCGCGCAGCUUGAGAAACAGUGCCUCGAGGAGAAACAGAGGCUGCUGCGGGCGAGGGAGUCUGCCCUCUGGGAACUGGAGGAGCGUCACAUCCAGGAGCGGUUCCAGCUCACCAAACAGCAGGUCAAGGAGGUGUUCUUCCUGCAGCGACACCAGAUGCUGGCGCGUCACAACAAAGAGAUGGAGCACGUGCGGCGAAUGGGCGACCGUCGGAUGGACGAGCUGCGCCGACAACAGGCCGUCGAAAAGCGCGCCAUGCCCAAACGCAUCCGCGCCGAGCGAAAAACGCGCGAGCUGAUGUUCCGCGAGAGUCUGCGCAUUGGCGCGCCGCGCAGCAGCAUCGCGGACGUGGAGACCAACGGCCGCGACCCGGUCAAGGCGUUCCAGGAUCAGGAGGAGAAACGGUACAAAGCGGAGCAUAAGCGGUUCGAGCUCAAACAGAAGAGGAAACAAGAAGAGCUGAAGGCCGUCAGCGAGGCAGCCAUGAAGGAGCUGGAACAGGUUCACAACGAAAAACGGCGCAUGCUGAUGGACCAUGAGAACACGAAGUUGCGCUCUGCGGAGGAGGCUCACCAGGCAGAAAUGAAGCAGUGGAGGCAGGAGCUCAAACCGCGCAAACAGAAACUGGAGGAGGGUUUCGCGGCCGAACUGGAGGAACGGGAACGCUUCUACGCUGACCCAUCAGCCGGUGACAGGCUGACCUGCACACCGCUGGCCGACGGAACGGCCAGCGUGAGUCGAGCCAGCACGGGCAGCGCGGGCCGCAGCUCGGCGAGCGGGGGCAGCGUCGGCCGGGCCAGCGUCACCAGCGGGCGGUCGCACUGAGACUGAGCGUGGACAGGGGUAGGACGUGGGAGAUAAACGGUGAAAGUGGGGAUCGCAAGGACGUCGGAAGACGAAGAUAGGUGUGUUAGAACACCAGUCUGGUGCUCAAGGAAGAAGAUAGAGACGCUCUGGCGUCCGAAAGAUAUACUUAAGACAUUCUGAAGGGUCUAUGUGACAUAAACGAAGCUUAAGGCGUCUGAAAGUGGCGUAUUUUGAAGAUGCUAUCGUAUAUUCGAUGUGCCAUGAGCUGCAGGGGACACUAGAGCUGAUAUGGGGAGUAAUUUGGGUGUGAAUUUGUGCCAAGUUUGUCGAUACCGGUGGUGGUGUGCGAUAUUGAGUGAGCGGUGGUGAGUUCAGUGAGAAGAGCUGGUCCAAUUUCUGCAGGCAGUAUCGACGGUGCGCAAGUAUAAAAGGGAGAGAGAUCGGCGUCGGAUCGUCCAAGCCAUGCGGUAUGUGUACAAGACAUCCGCGUAUGCGGGAUAAUGGUCUCUGUCGCUGGAUUGGAGACGCGCGAAUCGAGUUCAAAUAGUCACCAUAGUGGUAUCAAUCCUGUGAGCGAGUGAGUAAGUCAAAGAGUGCGCGGCGGACUAUGUCGCGGGAACUAUUCGUGCUAAGUGAGCGAGUGAUUGAGUGAGUGAGUGGGGAGUUCAGUCCCCAGCUGGUGCUUCGCUGUUCGCGCGGGACAGAGCUGGACUGCCGCUCGCGGGCGACUCCCCGGACCAGGAGGUCCUGCGGCGGUCUGCGUGCUGCGCCGCGCUGGGGUGAUGGCUCUAGUCGAAGGCCGGCGGUGCGGGCAGACCCCGCCACUGGUGGCUCUAGUCGGGUACCUAUUCCGGGCGGCCAGGAGGGCGCUCAAACGCCGCCCCCGCCCCCGCCACCGCCCCCGCCCGGCGCUCUGCCCUCGGCGGCGGCGGGGGCGGCUCCGUGCCAUGGCUGAAGGCCGGCUGUGACCUGACCUUACGACGAAAGGCACGAGCUUCGCGCUGCCGCUGCGAUAGUGGCGCCUCUACCGGCAGCGGCGCGCAACUGGCAAUCAACCCAUGAAGACUGUGCUUUUCCGGAAUCGAGCCAUAUAUCGCAUAUAUCGCGCCUGCAAUAGCAAGAGUGAUUGUCUCAGUGAUAUCGGCGCGUAUUUAGAUAAUUUUUAGUGCUUGUGAUACGCUGUGUCAUGAACGCAUUUACAUACACUUAUUUCUAGGCGAAUAUGAUAGCGGAUCUGUAUCCCAAUGGGUGAUUACCAUAAACGAAUGGACCCGUAGCUUUAGCUUUAGCUCGGCUUGCAUCGAUGCGUGGAGUACCUAAAUGCCGUGCCCCGGGCAUUCUGCAUUUGCCAUAUGCGAGCACACCUACAUGUGUGUAUGUAUGCAUGUAUAUCUUGGCGAUGGGGUCGCCUUAUUGACACUUGUCAGCUCACUCCGGUGUCUUCCGGCCGGCCCGGCGGAGCCGCGCCGUCGACGACGCCGUUUCAUAAUAAAGACUGCUGGUCGCUCUGUGAGA